AUGUCUACCGAACAAACUACUUUAUUACUUCCUUUGGUUUCUACCGGUAACGUACCACAACUCUCUGUGGACUUGAUUCUGCAUUCUCUGUCUGAUGAGUUUGAAUUUGUAAAAUCUAUCGAUUCAACAUUUUUACACCCGUUUGUGGGCCCUUUAGAUUACGGUAUCGACCAAACUGAACCUGUUCUAUACACACAAUCAUCGUUUUUGGAAACUCCUUCUGUCAAGAAAUUUUCUACUGCGCUAGAGCUGUUUUAUAACAAGUCGAAGAGAGUGUACGUACUACAACAAAGAACACCUACCAUUCAAGGUUAUUUGAAUAAUUUCAUUAAAGAUACAUUGAUUCCUUUAAUAAAAGAGUUACAAAUUACAAAUAUAUCCGUAUUGGAUUCUUUUGGUCCCUUAGAUGAAAAGAUUAUAAAGAGAAAAUUACAAAGUAAUAAUCAUAAUCAUAAAAACAUCGAUCCAUUUUUUUCCAUGGGUGUCUGUGAAUUACAAUCAAUUGGUAAUCUAGUAAGCAACUUUGAUUCUACUCUGAGAUUGCAAAUGGAUCCCGAUACGUCUUUGCAUUACACCAACUCAAUCUUUAAAUUCACACCAUCAAGUUUAAUAGAUGAAAUUUCCACUGAUCAACCAAUUUUCAAAUUGACGUACCAUCUUUUAAAUGAUCAAAAUUUAACGAACCUAAAGGAAGUCAAAUACUGUACACUUUUCGUACACGAAGGUGAUAAUUCGAUAGAUGCAAAAUUAUUCUGUGAACAUUUACCUGAUCUAAUCAAUUCUUCAUCCGAUUGCAAAAUUACAAAGUUCAGGACACCGAUUUCCUGGAAGGGCGUUUAUGGAUUCAGUGAACUUCCCUCAACGUUCGAAGAAGGCAUAUAUAUCUAA